AUGGCUCUGCUGAUGAUGGAAAAUUCCGAACCAGCGAUGCAGUUGGACAACCAGCUGUUUGCUUUACCGGCGACCUUGACUGAUCGAUGGCGUACCGAGCAUGAGAAACUUAAUCCAACAACGAUCCUGACAGACAACGGUUCGGCUGGUGACAUAAACUUCUACAUUCCUCCCAGUACCGCUGGUCUGCUCAGCCUGGGUGAUAUGAUGCUGGAACUCGAGGUCGGUAUAAAGGUUAAGAAGGGAGCAGCCGAUUGGGAUCUAAUUACCAACACCGACGGAGUGGCUCCAGUUAACAACUUUCUGCAUUCAUUGUUCUCUUCGUGCCAUGUCACCGUGGCGAAUCGUCUCAUCUCGGAUGCGGCAACGUUUUAUCCUUAUCGAGCAUACCUGGAAUCAUUGCUAUCCUAUGGCGUGGAUGCCCAGAGAUCACAGUUGACAUCAGCAGGAUAUUACGCCGACACCUCAACUAAAAUGAACGACGAAAAAGAAAACAACGGUGAAAAAAGCCGCAAAGCCUUGUUCAGCGGAAGCAACUACGUACAACUAUCAGGCAAAUUGUUCGCUGAUCUGUUCGAUCAAAGUAAACCGCUCUGUACCGGCGUACCAAUCAACAUCCGACUGGUGAUGAGCCGACCUGAAUUCUGUUUGCGAGUGUGGGAUGCUGACGCAACAAAGCAGUUCAAACCGUUUAUCCGGAACGCACGACUAUCUGUCCGUCGAUACAUUCCAGCACCAGAUUUCAUGACAGCUGUAGCGUCAGAAAUGCUGAAGAAGACCGUGAAAUACCACAUUGAACGCGUAGUGAUGCGUGUUUCUGAUAUUCCCCAGAAAACUCAAAGCACUGUAGUAAGCAACUUGCAAAUCGGACAGAUUCCCAAAGUUAUUUUCAUUGGGUUUUUGGAAAGCGAUGAUUUCCACGGCAGUUUCAAGAGUAAUCCUUUCAACUUUCAACAUUUUAAUAUCAAUCAGAUCAGCGUGGAGGUGGACGGUCAAAGCUAUCCAACAAAACCCUAUACUGCCGAUUUUGGACGUUCGCUGUCAUUGGAAUGUUAUGAUGGGUUGCUGGACACAUUGGGAUAUCGCACUCAUGCGCACAACAGCCUCCAUAUUAAUCGAACCGCUUACAACGGCGGAUACACGCUGUUCGGGUUCGAUUUAACGCCUGGACAUACUGGAAGAGGACCGCUGACUUUGGUGAAGCAGGGCAAUUUAAGCGUUUCGGUUAAUUUUGACAAACCGCUGGAAAAGACCGUAAUGAUGGUGGCUAUGUUAGUCUACGACAGCAUCAUUGAGAUCAAUCAGCAUCGGCAACUGAUUGCGGACUUUUCGACAUGA